UCAUUUCAUCAACUCCUGAUCCUCAGGUCUCAAGCAAAAACAAAUCUAAAUACAUGGGUGGAACCAAAAUUAUUCUUUUCUUGCUUCUCUGUCUUAUGUAUUUUCCCGUACGUCUCUAGCCAAUCUGCUGAUACGUACUAUGCACUCCAUGAAGCCUUGAUGCAGGAUUGGCAGCGGUGAUAUGCACCAAUCUACCAUUCGUUAAAAAUCCCUGUAAGAAUCUCCAUCCCCACGAAUGAAUGGGGAGAGAUUCUCCAACCUCAUGGGAUCUCGUUGACAUCCUUAGUGUACUCAAGGAAUGCGUCGAGGAGAUGGUCAACAGCAUGGAAAGGCUGAUCAAGUCGAUCCGGUUGAUCUCGGAGGCAUCGGGUGACAAAUAUUCUAAGGCUCAGGAGCUAAUGAAGAACCUCAACAAUGUGGAGAUUUUGGAUCAAUGAAAACCUGCACUGACAACUCCAUCAAUAGUUCCCGGGUGAUGGUCACUACCGUGGACGUCAUUCCUCCCCAGCAU